AUGUCCGAGGAGAAAGUGGCCACCGACACCAAGCCCGUCCUCGACGUCAAGCCGGAGGUUUCUGCGGAGCCCGCUGCGGCUCCCGCCGCCGCUCCCGAAGCCGCCAUGAACGCCGACGCCGACGGCAAGCCGGACAACAAGCGCGGCAAGUUCUUCGACUCGCGGGGCGGAAAGGGCGGAAAGGGAAGCAAGGGCAAGUUCCAGCAGCAGCAGCGCGAGAAGCGCGAGAAGAACAAGGAGAAGGGACGCGCCCGUGGACAGCGCCAGGGCGGAUGGAAGGCGCGCGGCGAGGUCGAUGAGGAGGCCGCCAUGAACGCUGCGGCUGCUGGCGGAUCGACCGCCCCGGCGAAGAAGGAGGGAGAGGACGGGGAGGAGAAAGAGAAGCGUCUCCCGAAGAAGCGCGCUGCUGUGCUCCUCGGAUACUGCGGAACGGGAUACAGUGGAAUGCAGAUCCAGACCCACGGAUCCAAGACCAUCGAGGGAGACCUGUUCGAGGCGCUCGCCAAGGCCGGUGCUAUCAGCCCCGAGAACGCGACCGACCACAAGAAGGUCGACAUUCAGCGUGCUGCCAGGACGGACGCCGGCGUCCACGCCGCUGGCAACUGGUAA